GUCUGGGCGCCAUCGCCUGUUGCUGUCGAGAGCACUUUGGCAGCUCGUUGUAAAGCACAAUUUAGCGUUCGUACUUGCAGCAGCACGGCACCAACAAUUCCGCUCCAACAUCGCUCCCAGGAGCUUCAUACAACAUGCUGCUCUCCCUGAUCACCAUCAAUGCACUGGCGGUGAGUGCUCUCGCGCCGUCGCGCAACCGCCUCCCCGUGCAGCAACGGAGAGUUCAAAGCAGCGGCAUCUCGAUGCGCUACGGCCGCAAGCAGCUUAAAAUAAGGCAGCGCGUCAAGUCCGACCUCCAGAAGGUCGUCACAAUAGACGACCUCGCGGAAGUCAUCUCCUCGCCGGAAUUCUACCUCGCGAACCGCCGUAUGUCUGGUAGAUUGAUGACGAAGAUCCAGAAGAAGGCCGCGUCGCUCGGCUACCAGAUCGGGCUCAUGAGCGAGGAGGAGGAGGAGAUGUUCGACGAGCUCUCAGAAGAAGAAUUCGCCGAGGAGCUGCGCGCGGCGGAGCGCGGCGACGUGUCUGCUGCGGCGGUAGAGGUGUCGGAGCCCGCACCCGCGCCGGCCCCAGCUCCCGCGCCCGCGCCGGCCCCCGCGCCCCCGGCGGAGCCGCUGCCUAUUGCUGCUGAUGUUUGAACGCGGCGUCGGAAGCGCCUUACGCCAUCGACGCGACGCGGUGAUGUGCGCACAGGUAGACACGCGCGUGAUCCAGGCCAUGAAGGCGCGCGACAAGGACCUGACCUCCACGUUACGCCUCAUCAAGACGGCGCUCACGAACGCGGCGAAGGAGUCGGGCGUCGAGGCCGUCUCCGACGCGGAAGCGGUGAAGGUAUUGCGGAAGAUGUAUGUGGUACAGCGUCCGCCCCCACGCGCAGUCGCCGCGACCGUUUUCAUCACACAGGAGCAAGAUGCGCCAGGAGUCGAUAGAGAUGUUCGAGAAGGGCGGCGAGCCCGAGCGCGCGGCGGCCGAGAAGGCCGAGUUGGAUGUGAUUGCGCAGUGGCUCCCGGCGCUGGCGUCCGAAGAUACGGUACGAGGGUGGAUCCAAUCGUUAAUAGACGCCGGCAACACGAACCCGGGGAAGCUCAUGGGUAUGCUGAUGAAGGACCACAAGGACGAGCUCGACGGGAAGCUGGCGCGGGAGCUCUGCAACGAGAUGUGUGGGUAACAACUUGUGUUCAUA